AUGUGGGAUGGCAAGGAAGAAUUGUCCACGGACGAAGUACUGGCCCGAAGAGCAGAUGAGUUUGAACGUCUCUCCAAGCUCUGCCUAAGUGAUAAGAGGCCAAAGCUAGCACUGGAUUAUUGUGGAAAGGCUUCCCAGCUCAGGCAGAAAGUCUUCGGCGAAGAUCACCCGAAAACUGUCCAGUCUUUGGAUAUGUUUGCUGGCAUUUAUGCGGAAGUGGGCCGAAAGCAAUAUGCUGAUGCUCUAUUGACUGUAGAGCCAGCUGAAGAAUCACCGUUGUCCACAAUGGCAGCAGGCGGGUCAUCUGGAGGCCAGCCCAGCAAGUGUCAUUAUGAAACAACAAGUUCUGGUGAUGGCAAUCUACCAGCUGGAGCAGAAAUCCCAAGCGGUUCAGCGUCCACACCAGACCGAGUGCAGGCCAUUCGUCUACGUGCCGGCGGCAGAGCACGAACGGCUAUAGACGGGACUGAGUCACGCUUGAAUGCUGGCUAUGCUGAACAGACACCUGUUGAGAGUAGUGACACUGAUGAGACCUCGGUCCGACGCCAUUCACCAUCAGGGGAGUCAGACCAUGGUCGAGGUUCCAGUGGCUACAAGAUACUCACGACUUCUGAUGGUCGACGGCGCAGGCAUGUGGCCGAAGAGCAGAGAACAGGAGCUGAUGUGCAGAGUAGUUACGAAGUAGCUGAGGACUCGGCACAUGCUGUAUCAGCGUGCACCUUGCUUGUGUUCUUCCUUAUCAGCAGCAUUGUGGCGGUGUUGGUUAGCAUCCUAUGGUGUCACUGGGCACAGACCGCGUCAUGCAGAGCUACGGGGAAUCUUCUCUUGAACCUCGGCGACCACUAUGAACACAUUCGGACGAAGGUGAUCAUGGCCGCGUGGUGAAUGUUUGGCGGGGGUUGAUUUUCCUGAGGCUCUGCACAAUGUGACGGUCUAGGCUGUGUGCACCGCAGUGUAGGAGGUACUCUGGAGUAAAACCCCGCAACAUUACAAUGUGGCACUGAUGAGUAACGCAGGAGCAUGGGGGCUAUGCCUAUGGUGCAUGAGGCCCGGAGUGUGUGCGGGCUGGCAUGUGAGGUACUGUCUCUACUGAGUGCGCGGGGCCAGGCCUUAUCCUGAGUGACAAUCAUUUUCCUGACCGCGUAUACUCCUAGCUAUGGUGAAAAUCAACUUUUGUCAGUCUGAGUGACGAGUGCUGCAACUCAGUCUUGUCCACCAAGUGUAACAAUGUCUUGGUCUAUAGUGUGCAUAGGCCAUACUCAUGUACAGUACCGGUACUGAAGUAUAAUGUAUUUUGUGAAGUGAUUGUAAAUUGGUUAUAUCAAGGGAUAAUCUCUAUGCUUUACAAGAAUUUCCACAAAAUGUUUUUUCCGCUUUUCCUGAGAUUAUUUUUUAACAUGUUUCUUUGCAACUCAACUUGGCGCUUUCAUAUUCAUAAUUAUUACUUUUUCUUUAAAAUCUGUAUACUUAUUUGUGAGUAGAUAAAGCCUCUCUCUGAGUUUAUGGAAACGAUGUCAUGGUGGUGAAGUAGCGGAUUCGCUUAUGGGCACACAGGAUACGGCACGAGUCGGCAUUUUUGCCUCAUCUAGUGCAUUGCUGUGCCGUGGUGCUUUACCAAAGCAUCU